UCAUGUGAAUGUUUCCUACGCCGCUGACGUAGCUGAGUUUUGCGGAAGUGGAAUCAAGGGGAAUGUAGGGCUGCCAAAGAACGGUCGGUUUCCAAAGCGGCACUUGAACGUUAAUAUUAUGGCACAACAGAAGAAUCUGGAGGGAUACGUGGGCUUUGCAAGCCUCCCCAACCAAGUGUACAGAAAGUCUGUGAAGCGGGGCUUUGAGUUCACCCUGAUGGUUGUGGGAGAGUCAGGGUUGGGAAAGUCCACGCUGAUAAACUCUCUGUUCCUGACUAAUCUGUACUCUGGAGAAUAUCCUGGACCUUCGCAUAGAAUCAAGAAAACAGUUCAGGUGGAGCAGUCCAAAGUGUUGAUGAAGGAGGGAGGCGUCCAGCUUCUGCUCACGAUAGUGGACACUCCAGGAUUUGGAGACGCUGUGGACAACAGCAACUGCUGGCAGCCAGUCAUUGAUCACAUCGACAGUAAGUUUGAGGAUUAUCUGAACUCCGAGUCACGUGUGAACAGACGACAGAUGCCGGACAGCAGAGUGCACUGCUGCCUGUAUUUCAUUGCACCCUCAGGACAUGGACUGAAACCUUUGGACAUUGAGUUUAUGAAACGGUUGCAUGAGAAGGUCAACAUCAUCCCACUGAUUGCCAAAGCAGAUACCCUGACACCCGAAGAGUGCCAACAGUUCAAGAAACAGAUUAUGCGAGAAAUCCUGGAGCACAAGAUCAAAAUCUAUGAGUUUCCAGAGACGGAUGAUGAGGAAGAAAAUAAGAUUGUGAAAACAAUCAAAGAUCAGUUGCCCCUGGCUGUGGUCGGAAGCAACACUAUCAUUGAGGUGAAUGACAAGAAGGUUAGAGGAAGGCAGUACCCAUGGGGAGUGGCAGAAGUUGAGAAUGGAGACCACUGUGAUUUCACACUCUUAAGGAAUAUGCUUAUCAGAACCCACAUGCAGGACCUCAAGGAUGUCACAAAUAACGUCCAUUAUGAGAACUACAGAAGCAGGAAGCUUGCGGCUGUUACCUGUAAUGGAAUCGACAACAACAAAACCAAAGGCCAGCUCACCAAAGUUGACACGGUUGAAGGCAUGAGUCCUCUCGCCCAGAUGGAGGAGGAGAGAAGGGAGCAUGUGACCAAAAUGAAGAAGAUGGAGAUGGAGAUGGAGCAGGUGUUUGAGAUGAAAGUCAAGGAGAAGAUCCAGAAACUGAAAGAUUCAGAGGCAGAGCUGCAGCGGCGUCAUGAGCAGAUGAAGAAGAACCUGGAGGCUCAGCAUAAGGAGCUGGAGGAGAGACGACGUCAGUUUGAGGACGAGAGAUCCACCUGGGAGACCCAGCAGCGUAUCCUGGAGCAGCAGAAAAUGACUUUGGAAAAGAAUAAGAAGAAAGGGAAGAUCUUUUAAAAUCAUUAACGAUGAGCAGGUUGUUCUCAUUCGCCAAUCCCCCCCGACCUGAUAUCUGUGUAGCCUUCAGACUCCGAGCUGUCCUCGCAGUCUGACGGUGGCGUUCAAGCUGUUCAUGGACUUCCGCUAAAGCGUUUACCUUUGUGAAACUCAGUCUUAGGCAAGCCAAACCCAUACUGAUCUAAACGAAAUAUAUACUGAAUUCACUUACCAGCUGAUGUCUACAGUCAUACUCCAAACAAAAUGGAAAAACUAAAAAACAUGAACCUCCAUAACAGAAGUGUGUUUUUUGAAAAAGAACAAAUGUGACUGUGCUCUAUUUUCCCUCGGUAAACCAAAGAAUCCCAUGCAACAGGCCAAAUUCUACAACUGUAAAUGCACGAAUGACAUCCGGGGAUGGGCAAACGCAUUAUUUGCUCUUUUGGCUUAUAAUUUAGUUUUUCUCUUAAAUGCAGAAGUGUUUCCAAAGUAUAAUGUCUGUCUAGUCAAUAUCCUUUGACCACCUCCUAUAACUUCAUUAAUGUUAUUUCAGUUAUUUUUAUAUAUAUAUAUAUAUAUAAAUACGUAUACGUACACCAAGACAGCUAACGUAAUAUUUUUUGUAUGUUUCUUAGAAUACUCAGCAGACGGGUGUCUUAAUUCAUGGACAGCAUCGUGCUCAUGAUAGAGUGGUUUCAACAUGUUUGUCUGUAAGCUCACCUCUGCUGUACAGUAUUUCAGCUGUUAGGACACGAGUCCAAAGCAUUUUUUUGUUUUGUUUCUUAUGUUAUGUUCUCUUGUUUCUGUAUUUUUAAUUUUAUUUUUUCAUUUGUAUUGUACAGUCUCUUAAUAAACUUGUGAUGAUA